AUGGAAGAAUCUGAGCAGCUGAAGCUUAAAAUUAUGGCUCAGGAAGCUAAUGAAGUCAAUUCUUCAAGCCUUACAAGUGUUUCCAACCAAUCGUCGACUAAUCGACUCGGAAACUAUUUGCAGUGGCUUAGAGUGGCUAUCUAUGCAUUUCUUCUCCUCUGUGGCCAGUCAACAGCAAUGCUAUUAGGAAGAUUGUACUAUGACAAAGGCGGAAAGAGCCAAUGGAUGGGAACGCUCGUUCAACUUGCCGGUUUUCCAAUCCUCUCUCCCUACUACUGCAUUGCCAGGCGCAAGAACACGACGAUAACAAACAGUUUCAUCACAGGGCAAAAAUCUGUUCUGAUCCUCGCAUUAGUUUGUGUCUUUCUUGGCAUUGUUUUAGCCGCAGAUUGCUUUCUUUAUUCCGUUGGGCUCAUGUACCUACCGGUAUCUACUUACUCACUCAUUUGUGCAUCCCAAUUGGCCUUCAAUGCCUUUUUCUCCUUCUUUCUAAACUCGCAGAAGUUCACUCCUUACACAGUGAACUCUCUGGUGCUUCUCACGAUCUCCUCCAUGCUCAUCGUGUUUCAAGCCGAUUCUGAAGACAAUCCCGAAGCCCCGAAAGGAAAGUAUGCAAUUGGGUUCAUUUGCACUGUUGCCGCGUCUGCUGUUUAUGGAUUGAUGCUUUGCUUGACGCAGUUUGCGAUCGAGAAAAUUCUAAAGAGGGAAACGUUUUCGGUGAUCAUGGACAUCACCGUGUGUGAAUCACUAAUCGCAACAUGUGCCGUCCUGGUGGGACUUUUCGUUAGUGGAGAGUGGAAGGGCUUAAAUGAAGAGAUGCAUGCAUUUUCACUAGGGAAGGCCUCCUAUGUCAUGACAUUAGCCGGCACGGCUAUAUCAUGGCAGGCUUUUUUCAUCGGCACUGUGGGAUUGAUUCUUGAGGUUUCUUCCCUCUUUUCCAACGCCAUAAGCGUGUUGGGUUUGCCCGUUGUUCCGGUAUUAGCCGUCUUCUUCUUUCAUGAGAAAAUGGAUGGAGUAAAGGUGAUGGCAUUGUUGUUGGCUAUUUGGGGAUUCAUUUCAUAUGUUUAUCAGAACUACCUCAACAUUUAUAGUUCCCCGGCACAUAAUAGAAAUGGAAAUGAAGAAACCGGAGCUUCCCCGGGGGAAGACAUCCAUGGUUGA